AAUCUCAAUAGGCCCUUUUCCAAUAUUUGUUCAUCAGUUUUGUUAUAUGUACGAAAAAAGCGAAAAAAGUUGGCUGAAAUGUAAAACAAUAUCUAUCUAUUUUGUAGAUUUCUGUAUUUAUCGUUUUGAAAAAAAUAUGCUGAUAUGCAUUUGCAGUAUCCGAUAAUGUGCAAUUUUGUGACCAAUGCAUGCCUAUGAAAUGAUAGUGAAUGUAUUCUGUAAUAAAAAAUAAUAAGAAACAUGAUAGAGUGAAAUUGGUGAAAUCAAAUUCGUAUCAGUGAAUAAUCUGUGACACGUAUGGACCCGCCUACUGAUAAACUAAAGUUGAUUGAGAAAAAAGUCAACAUCAAGAUCCUUGUGUCCCCAAAUCUGGUUUUCUCGUUAGAUCCAACAAGAAAACGUUAUGCUGUAAUGUUAUUUUCUGGUCACAAGCACUCAUCAAAUCUUAGUAAAAAGUAGAAGCCUAUUACAGAUAACUAACAAUUAGCAACGAUGUUCAACUUUAUGAAAAAAGGGCAAACAGUGAGUGACGAUCAUGAAGAGAAGGAGCGUAAGAAGUUAGAGAAAAAAAUGCGGAAGGAUAAUAAGUCUGAAGGCACAUCCACAAACAUGACUACCGAAGAAUUGUUGAGACUGGACGAGGUUCGUAAAUCAUUGAGAAUACGAAGUCAUAGAAAGGUGAAAAAAAGAUUACCUAGUGGCAUCACAGCUGAUUACAGCGCAUCAUUUUUUGCGCACCUUGAUGCAGUUCCAGAACAGGAUCGAGGAAACGAAGAAGUAGUUGCAUUGGCCAAUACGACUACUUAUAUUGACAAUAAUGGAGAAAUGAUUAUUUGCAGUAACAUCCCUCAGUCAGACAGCUCGGAAAACUCUGCAACUGUUAAGCAGACGACGGCAUUCAGCAACAAUUAUUUGAAUAUAGCGACGUCUCCUUCUCCUAGCGCUGGAAGCUUCACCGACACAUCGAAUUCUUCAUUUGCAACGCCAACUGUGUCAAUGAGCCCUGUUGGAGAAUUACAAACGUUAUAUCGAUGGUCUCAAUCUUUUGAAGAAACUCUUCCAUUACCUCCAAUAAACAUUGCAAAAUUACCACCAGUACGAGACUUGGUGAUAAAACGUCAAAAAACACCUAGGAAUGAUUUUGGAUUCAGCCUUCGGAAAGCCAUGGUUUUGUGCCCAACGAACAGCUUGCUAUCACCAAAAUUUCAAUCAGUAAUCUUUGCUGAACCCAGUAUGAACAUUAAAUCCAGUACUGGCUUAUUACCAGGUGAUAGACUUUUAAAAGUAAAUGGAUUAUCUGUAGAGGAUAUGCCCCGAGAAACAAUAAUAGAUAUGAUCAAAAACAGCAGUGAUAGUGUAAGCGUACAGGUACAACCGGUUGCUGAAUUGGUUGAACUGUCGCGACGUUGUAUUAAUAGCAGUAUUCGUGUAAAUUCGACUGAGAUGAUAGAAUGCAAUACUUUGAAAGGAAGUGCAAAUCAACGCAUCAAUAUUACCACUAUUGUACCAGACCAAAUAUAUAAUAAUAUUGAAAACACAAAAAUUGGAAGAAGAGUGUGGGUUGUUCACCAAGGAGGAUUUACAGCUGCGUCUAUGAUAUCUUCAGAUGCAGGUAAAACUUUAGUGCAGCUUGAACAUAGUGGCGAGGAACUACACAUUGACGACGAAGACAUUGAAAAUGCAAAUCCUGAAAAGUUAGAUUUAGUGGAAGAUAUUUGCCAAUUAGUACACCUCAAUGAAUCGUCCGUGCUACAUGUUUUAAGACAAAGGUUUGCCAAUAAUAUAAUACACACACGAGCUGGGCCUGUAUUGAUUGUACUCAAUCCUAGUGCGCCGUUGUCGCUGUAUUCGGAAAAGAUUGUGUCGAUGUUUCGGGGUUGCAAAACAGAAGAUAUGCCACCACAUAUAUUUUCUCACACGCAAACUGCAUAUCGAGAAAUGUUGGAAUCACGCCGUGACCAAAGUUUAAUUUUUAUGGGACGAUCUGGAUCUGGCAAAACAACAAAUUUUAAGCACGCUUUGUAUUAUUUAGCAUUAGCAGCCGGUUCCAAUAAUAAAAUACUAUCUGUACAAAGGGUUAGUGCUAUCAAUAUUAUUUUAGAAGCUUUCGGUAAUGCGCAGACAUAUCUAAAUAACAAUGCAACAAAAUGCACCCAAAUUGUAAGUUUAGAUUUCGAUUACUGUGGACAAAUAAUAUCGGCAUCGAUACAAAUAUUACUGUUAGACAGGCUAAAGUUGAGAAGACACAUCGACAGUGAGCAAUAUACAUUCCAUAUAUUUACGAGUCUACUAUUAGGAGCCGAAGGACACCUACAGAAGGAACUAUACCUGGAGAGUAGUUCUUUGCAGAGCAAUAUUUUUAUUAAGUUUCCUAAGAAACUUGAAGAUAGGCAAAAAGCCUUGUUAGAUUUUGCAAAAAUACAACAAGCUUUCAAUGUACUUGGCAUGGAAUCGUCCUUAGUGAAAGCAUUUUGGUGUGUAUUAGCAGCUAUAUUUCACUUGGGUAAUGCAAGUUGUGAGAUCAAAGGCACAGUACCGACAUUACGCGCUCAAUUUGCUGAACCUACACAUGCUAGAACGGCCGCCCUCUUACUAGGAGUAUCAAUGGAGGAAUUAUCAGCCAUAGUAUUUCCAAUUACGGUUACCGAAAACGCUUCAGAUCCUUCUGAUGCGCUAGGAUCUGCAUUUGAUUGCUUAGAAGGAUUAGUGAUUGGCUUGUAUACCGAAACCGUAUCGGCAAUUGUAGCAUAUUUAAACAAAACAUUAUCAACGACAUCCAAUGCUAUAAAUUCUUCAAUUUUGCUAGUCGAUACGCCAGGUUUUUAUAAUCCUUGUGGUUUCCAGAGCGGAGCAACGCUAUCCAAUUUAAAGCACAAUUACCUCCAGGAACGUUUACAAUUGUUAUUUCAUCAUGUUCUUCUCAAUACACCUCGUAAUCGAUAUGCACAAGAGCUGGUAGAAAUAGAGUCUGAACCAAUUAAUGAAACAUGCUCCGUUCCGUUGAUAAACUUACUGGAUAAAACUCCACAGAGUCACGUAGUAUGUACAUCGCAAAAUAACUUACGAGACUCAGACAAACGUGGCCUGUUAUGGAUGCUAGAUGAAGAAAUCAUGUAUCCAAAUUCAAGCGAUGAGACAUUUUUGAAUAGAUUGUUCUCGUCAUACUCCGAUAGAGAGAAUCAAAUGGUAUUAAAAAGAGGACCUGGAGAAUUACAGUUUACUCUGCAACAUAUGGAGGGAACAAAUCCUGUGACAUAUAAUGCGUUAGGCUGGCUCCGGGAAAGUCAUGAACAUUCAUCAACCAAAGAUGCUUCUAGUCUACUUCGAAGUAGUAUCAAGCCAGAUGUUAGCAGUCUGACGACGGUUUGUUUUAGGCGUGCUGGAGGAACCAAUUGCUUUAGUUCCGUUGUUGGAGCAGAAGGCAAUCAAUCAAUGCGACGAGUUUCAAGUAUACGACGUUCAUUUGCUUCGAAUGGAAUAAAGCGAAGUUCCCUGAUGAUGCAAGUUAAAUUUACCGUGGACGGUAUAAUUGAUGCUUUGAAACGAACUGGAACACACUUCACUUAUUGUUUUAUGUUGCAUAAUAAUGCUGGUCCGUCGGAGUACUUAAAUGCAAAUGCCAAAGGAAUACGAAAUGAAGACAUUCAAAAUAUAUCACUUCUAAAAAGUCAGUUGCGAGGUUCACAAAUCCUACAUUCUUCAAGAUUAUACCGCUUUGGAUUCCCAAUAAGUGUACCGUUAGCCGAAUUCAUAAACCGUUUCACAUUGCUUAGUGAUGCAUCUAAAGUUGGAGAAGCUACAGUACAGAGUAUUUUACACUCAACUGAAAUAGAUUCAUCUGUAUAUCGAAUUGGCUCUAGUCAGGUGAUGUUUCGUCCUGGAAUUUUGAACCAAAUCGAAGCAAAGCGAGAUGAAUUGCUUUCCGAUAGGAUUACACAGUUGCAAGCCCAUUGUCGUGGUUAUCAAGCCAGAAGACGGAUGGCACAUAGACGCAUUCAAGAUGUUGCUGUCCAGUGUAUUCAACGUAAUGUUCGUGCGUUCCUCAAAGUGCGUGAAUGGCCUUGGUGGCGGUUAUUUGUAAAGGUAUCACCUUUAUUGAAUAUUCUUCGAACCGAAGAGCAGCUUAAGAUAGCAACCAACGAUCUUCUAAUGAUGAAGAAAAAGCUUGAGAAGAUAGAAAGCGAACGGAACAAACUGAAAAUCGACAAUGAAAAGUUAGACUUAAGGCUUUCAGAAGUUACUUCCGAACUUACCGAAGAGCAUUCGACAUCAAAUUUAAUUAGUGAAAGAUUAGAGGCAGAGACGAAGGAGAGAAUGAAACUUCAAAAGGAUGUGGAACAGCAACACAUGAAGUAUAAAAGCUUACAAGAAUCAUCAGAAAAAAUGGAAAUGGAAUUGCUAUGUGCUAAAUCGGAUCUAAGCGGAGAUCUCGAUGACGUCUUAGAAAACGAUGUUGGAGUAAACGUGUAUAAGGUCAAGUACGAAAGAGCCAUGAGAGAACUGGAAUUCACCAAAAAACGUUUGCAGACACAACAUGAACAUGACUUAGAGCAACUAGUUGGUUUAAAAAAGCAAUUGGAAAAAAAGCUAGCUAACGCUUACGAAGAAGUUGAAGAGCAACGACAAGUAGUAAGCGAUUGGAAGCGUAAGGCACAAAAAAUGACAAAUGAAAUGAAUGACUUACGCAUGCUAUUGGAUGAACAAUCUAGCAGAAACAAUUUACUUGAAAAACGCCACCGAAAAUUCGACUCAGAGACGCAAGCUUUACAGGACACAAUCAGGCAAGAGAAACAAAUGCGAGAGAAAUUAGCACGAGAAAAAGAUUUCCUGUUUGCUGAGAAAUCCACUUUAGAACAAACGCUUUCGGACGUGCGGCUUGAGCUUGAGUUGAAAGAAGAAAAAUAUAGUGUACUACAGCAAGAACUAGCAGAAAUGACAUUCGAUGGAGUCACAGAAGAGGAAAUAGGUCUUUUGAAACGCCAAAAAAUGGAACUUGUCAGGAGAUGCAAAGAGCAAGAAGAGGAGCUGGAUGAAAUGGCAGCACAAAUUCAGAUGCUGGAACAAGUGAAACUACGUUUGGAAAUGUCCCUAGAAACAUUCAGGAAACAGACUCGAAAGGAAGCACAGCAGCGAGAAGAUGAAGUUGAAGAAACACGUAGCAAUUGCUACAAAAAAAUAAAAUCAUUGGAAUGUCAACUAGAGCAAGAACACGAAGAGCGCACUUUGAUGAUGCGUGAAAAGCAUGAAUUAGAGCGGCGUUUAAGGACUCUUGAAGAAAAUGAUCGUAUAGAACAAGCAACAGAAGAAUCAACAAUACAAAAAUUAAAAAGAGAACUCCGAAAAACCAAAGCUUUACUGCGUGAUACACAAAGUCAAUUGGAUCGAAUUAAAAGCGAAUCUGUUGUGAAAACCCAAUUACGUCAUCUCCGAAACCAACUGGAAGAUGCUGAAAUGGCUCGAUGCGCAGCUUUGAAAGCAAGAAAAAUAGCAGAAAAUGAAUUGCAAGAUGUUCAGUUGAUACUUGAGGAAACUCAACGCGCACGAGUUGAUGCUCAUGAAAAGGCUAAUACAGCUUUACGUGAAAGAAGCGAUCUUCAAGCUCAAAUAGAUGAGAACGAAGAAGAAAUGGCAGAAUUGAUGAAAAAAUAUAGCGCAACUAUUAAGCAAUUAAGUUGCGACCAGGAUAUCAUAUCAGAAUACGAAAUACGCAUCACUGAACUAGAAUCUGAGAAAAAAUCUCUCAAAGAGAAUAUUCUGGAAUUGACAUCAAGGUUAGCAACCGUAGAAAGUCUGGGCGAGUCUUCAUCUAAUAUUAUUGGAAAACGUUUUGAGCUACGUAACAAAGAACUGGAGUCACGCCUUGAAUUUGAACAAGCUACGCGCAUGAGAAUAGAAAUACAAUUGAAUCGUCAAAAAGAAUCGUUCGAAAAAGCCUUAAAUGAAAUGAGUCAAAUUCGUAGCAAAGAAAUAAGCGUACAAGAGGCAUUAAAAAAAUCACAGAAAAUAGUUCGAGAGCUUCGGGAAGAAGUGAGCAUUUUGACUAGCAAAGAACAAGAAAAUAUAUCACAACGAAAAUCUCUUGAGAAGCAAGUGGAAUCUUUAGAGUCAGAAUGUAAUUCAACACGUGCUGAUUUACGGCUAGCAUUGCAAAGAAUUUCAGAUCUACAGCAAGCUAUGGAAGAAGAUGGCUCCUACCAUUCUGAAAGUGACGUUGAAAGCACAACGGAUUCGGAAAACGUGUUCAGCAUUCACAGCCCAAUAAAUGAUAUGCUAUAUCCAAAGGAAAGUGGAAAUUUGGACUAUUCCAGCAACGAUAAAAACUCCGGUAUUUAUACUCGAGAAACUGAGGAGAACUUUGCAAGAUCUCCUUCAUUACCAACCCAAGCGAUAACAUAAUAAUAAAUGUUGAAGUGAAAAAGAUUAGAAUGAAUAGUUUUAAUCUGAUCUACUGAGGCGCUAAUCAUAAAGUAAUUUGAAUAAAUAUAAGGUAAAUUAAUAUAUACAUAUUUCAAA